AGGAGGCGCUAGCUUAGUCGCACCUAUUUCCUUAUUUAUGCAUACUUUCAUUUCCUUUAUUUUUUCGCUCGGCAAAAACAACCUGAGAGCAACGAAAAGGUAAAAAGUGUACCAGAUGGAGGGAGACACCAGUCCAUCUGAAGAACAUGACAGCAAGACUGAAUAUCAGAGGAUGGAGCUGGAAGGAGCAGAGUCUCCUUCACCGACCUGUGUGUCCAUGAAGAGCGACUCGUCCAGGAAUUUGCCUUUAGUUUUCAAAGAGCAGGAGCCAUCUUCAGAGAUGAAGAGGGUAAGAGCAGAGUCUCCCUCACCGAGCUGUGUGUCCAUGAAGAGCGACUCGUCCAGGAAUUUGCCUUUCAGUUUCAAUGAGCAGGAGCCAUCUUCAGAAGUUCACCCGGAGGCUUCAGGGGUGUCCACUGGUUGUCAGACAAACCUGGACCUGAACAACAUAUUUACGGUUCUUCGUGAGGACAUUGCUAAUUUUAUGAAGAAUGAACUUGACAAUCUCCAGAGGUUUCUGAGUUCAGAUUACUCAGCAUAUUCAAGGAGCCAAAGUGAGGAUGAGGAGGUGGUUGAUGGUGAAGAGGAAGAACAGAGGAGGAGCGUAAGUGAGGCUUUUCUGAAGAUCACCCAGCGGUUCCUGAGGAGAAGGAAGCAGGAGGAACUGGCCGACUCUCUGCAGAAAAAAACAGUGACUGCAGUGUGUCACCAUAAAGUCAAAUCUAACCUGAAGAAGAAGUUCCAGUGUGUGUUUGAGGGGAUCGAUAAAGCAGGAAACCCAACCCUCCUGAAUCAGUUCUACACAGAGCUCUACAUCACAGAGGGAAGGGGGGGAAAGGUCAACACCGAACAUGAGGUCAGACAGAUAGAAAAAGCAGCCAGGAAACCAGACAGACCAGAGAUCACAAUCACAUGUGAGGACAUCUUCAAAGCCUCACCUGGAAGAGACGGACCAAUCAGGACAGUGGUGACAAAGGGAGUGGCUGGCAUUGGGAAAACAGUCUUAACCCAGAAGUUCACUCUGGACUGGGCUGAAGACAAAGCCAACCAGGACAUACACUUCACAUUCCCAUUUUCUUUCAGAGAGCUGAAUCUGCUGAAAGAGAAGAAGUUCAGCUUGGUGGAACUUGUUCAUCAGUUAUUUCCUGAAACCAAAGAAGCAGGACUCUGCAGGUUUGAAGAGGUCCGGGUUCUGUUCAUCUUGGAUGGUCUGGAUGAGUGUCGACUUCCUCUGGACUUCCACAACACUGAGAUCCUGACUGAUGUCACAGAGUCUGCCUCAGUCCAUGUGCUCGUCAUAAACCUCAUCAGGGGGAAACUGCUUCCCUCUGCUUGCCUGUGGAUAACCACACGACCCGCAGCAGCCAAUCAGAUCCCUCCUGAGUGUGUUGACAUGGUGACAGAGGUCAGAGGGUUCACUGACCCACAGAAGGAGGAGUACUUCAGGAAGAGGUUCAGAGAUGACGAGCAGGCCAGUAGGAUCAUCUCCCACAUCAAGACUUCACGAAGCCUCCACAUCAUGUGCCACAUCCCGGUCUUCUGCUGGAUCACUGCUACAGUUCUGGAGGAUGUGUUGGAAACCAGAGAGGGAGGAGGGCUGCCCCAGACCCUGACCGAGAUGUAUAUCCGCUUCCUGGUGGUUCAGUCCAAACUGAAGAAAGUCAAGUAUGAAGGAGGAUCUGAGACAGAUCCACUCUGGAGUCCAGAGACCAAGAAGAUGAUGGAGUCUUUGGGAAAACUGGCUUUUGAGCAGCUGCAGAAAGGAAACCUGUUCUUCUAUAAAUCAGACCUGACAGAGUGUGGCAUCGAUAUCGAAGCAGCCUCAGUUUACUCAGGAGUGUUCACACAGGUCUUUCAAGAGGAGAAAGGACUGUACCAGGACAGGGUGUUCUGCUUCGUCCAUCUGAGUGUUCAGGAGUUUCUGGCUGCUCUUCAUGUCCACCUGACCUUCAUCAGCUCUGGAGUCAAUCUGCUGUCAGAAGAACAAUCAACCUCCCUGUGGUCGAAACUGUUUGGACAAAAAACUGAAGUGUCAGAACUCCACCGGACUGCUGUGGACAAGGCCUUACAGAGUCCACAGGGACACCUGGACCUGUUCCUCCGCUUCCUCAUGGGUCUUUCACUGCAGACCAGUCAGACUUCCCUACAAGGCCUGGUGGCACAGACAGCAAGCAGCUCACAGGACAGUCAGGAAACAAGCACGGUGCAGUACAUCAAGAAGAAGAUCAGUGAGAAUCCGUCUCCAGAGAAAAGCAUCAAUCUGUUCCACUGUCUGAAUGAGCUGAAGGACUCCUCUCUGGUGGAGGAGAUCCAACAGUACCUGACUUCAGGAGUGUCCACAGAUGAACUGUCUCCUGCUCAGUGGUCAGCUCUGGUCUUCAUCUUACUGUCACAAGAAAAAGGCCUGGACGUGUUUGACCUGAAGAAAUAUUCAGCUUCAGAUGAGGCUCUUCUGACGCUGCUGCCAGUGGUCAAGUCCUCCACCAAAGCUCUGCUGAGUUGCUGUAAUCUGUCAGAGAAAAGCUGCAAAGCUCUGGCCUCAGUUCUGAGCUCCCAGUCCUGCAGCCUGAGAGAGCUGGACCUGAGUGACAACGACCUGAAGGAUUCAGGAGUGGAGCUGCUCUGUGAAGGACUGAAGACUCCACACUGUGCACUGGAAACUCUCAGGCUGUCAGGCUGUCUAAUCACAAAGAAAGGCUGUGCGUACCUGGCCUCAGCUCUGAGAUCCAACCCCUCCCAUCUGAGAGAACUGGACCUGAGCUACAAUCAUCCGGGAGACUCUGGAGUGAACCUGCUCUCUGCUGGACUGAAGGAUCCAAACUGGAAACUGGAGACACUCAGGAUGAACAAUGGCCGACCACAGUCGAUGAGGUCUGGGCUGAUGAAGUAUGCCUGUGAACUCAACCUGGACGUAAGCACGGCAAACAGAAAACUCAUACUGUCGGAGCACAACAGAAAAGUGUCAAUGGGGAGAGAGAAGCAGCCAUAUCCCGAUGAUCCAGAGAAGUUUGACUACUGGAAACAGGUGCUGUGUAAAGAAGGUUUGACCGGCCGCGGUUACUGGGAGGUCGAGUGGGAAGGACAGGUUUAUAUAGCAAUGACCUACAGGGGAAUCAGAAAGAGAGGAGACGGUGACGACUCCUGUCUCGGGAGGAAUAAUCAGUCCUGGAGUCUGGCCUGCUCCGAUGAAAGUUAUUCUGUCCUGCACAAUAACAUGAAGGUGUCCAUCAACAGACCCCGCUCCAGAAGAGUUGGGGUGUACCUGGACUGGUCUGCUGGCAAGCUGUCUUUCUACAGCGUCUCCUCCAGCACUCUGACCCACAUCCACACUUUCCACACCACAUUCACUGAGCCGGUCUACCCUGCUUUCAGGAUUAGGACCGAACCAUUUAACUCCUCAGUGUUUCUGUGUUAGAUUUAAAAAAAAAAAAAAGAUUUUCUCAGUAUUUUUCAGCUUAUAACAUUUUAAUUUUACUAUCAUUUUAUUUUACAUUUUAUUUUUAAAAGGAUCUUUUUUUAUAAUAACCAAUCACUUUAACUUGUUAUUUCACAAAACCAAAGUUUCUCAUCAAAACACAAUUGUCUUGGUGGUUGUGACACUAUAAGUUUGUAUAUUGUUAUAACAAGAAACUUCUAUAUUACGUUGCAAUGAGUCGAAGGGUCUGAUCACCACAACAGACACUAUAUAUAAGAUGAUUGAUAAACAUUUAAGUGGAUGAUUGAGACGCGUGGCAGGAUGUUUUUAUGCUGCUCGUGUUUUGAAAUUAAUCUUCUGUAUUUACAGUCACUGCACUCACUGAGCACUUUGUUUGGAACACCAUAACAACACUAAUACUUAAAGCAUUAAUAAGAAGAACAGGUUUGUAAUAGCUUUAAUCCUGUACUUUAAUGUUGGAGCUUUGUUAAUGAAGAUGACAUUGAACAGAUUCAUAAGCUUAUAUUUGUCCUCACAGCUCCAUGAUACUGAGCAGCUGCUGCUAAUUUCUCCAGACGUUCCUCCUCUGGUUCGUUCAGCUCAGCUCCGGCUGGAUCCUCAGAUUAUGGCUGAUUUCAUGAACUGAGAAGAGAAAAAAAAAAAACAUAUUAAAAGUGUAAGAACAGAAUCUAACUUCAGCAUGCACCAGAUACAUUUAAAGUGUUCCUUUUUUAAUAGCACUUAUUUCACAAAAUAUUACACACAAUACACACAGCACCAGCAGUUGUUGCCAGUUUAACUGCAUCCGGUGCUGGAAACACUGGAGCUUUUUCUCUGGCUUCAAACUGGUUCAGCUUUAAAAAGCUUUGUUUUCAAACACUGAAAUAUUAUUCAGCUCCCAUCCAAGUGAUUUACUGUGACUAUUGAUUUUUGAUUGAUUGAUUGUUUGAUGAGAUUGGGUGUUUGCCUCCUACGUAGCACGAUGAUUUUCAAUGAUGUUCUCAGUUGCUGUUCAUCCAAGUACAUUCAUGUGGAGACACAGGUUUAAAUCACAGUCCUGAGUGAAGAUUAUGAAGUUUUUCUCGAUCUACUUGUUAAACACAAAAUGAAAUCUGCAAAAUCCCAGAUUAACUUAUAUAUGAUAUCAUAUGAUGCAUUACUUCUGUAACGUGUACAUGGCAACCUGUAUUUCUUUUUGGUAAGUGAUACUGUUGUGUGCUUAAGAUCUUUAUGCUGUAAGUUCACAUACAGUUAAACAAAGGUUCACAUAAACAGCUUUCAGGCAAAGUCAGUAGAAUUUCUCUGUUAAACCAGAACGUUUAAUCUCACCUGUCUGAAAGAGAAACUGGCCACCUGGCAGUCACACGGCAAACUCAGCAGGUGGGCGCUGAAACGAUCUGAGACAGAAAAUAUUCCCUGAACAAUCUGAUCACAGAAACUUUAUUUUUUUUUUUUUAACAUAAAACGUGCAAUUCUUUUAUCUAUUGCUGAUUUUUACCUUCCUGCUUUGUACAAACCUAUUGUAAUCGACUGUAAUAAAGAGUGCCUAAGCCA